AUGCGUACCUUGAUACAAUGUCUGCUAGUGCUGGCUAUUGUCUCUCAAUGCUCCAGUUUGUAUUUCUAUUUGGAAGGAGGAGAGUCGAAAUGCUUUAUUGAAGAAUUGCCAAUGCAAACGGUUGUCCUAGGACACUUCAAGGCCGAAGAAUGGAAUGAUCAACAUCAGAGGUACAUGGAAAAUCCUGCUUCUGGAAUCCAAAUAUUUGUAGAGGAAUUACCAAGUCGGCACGAAGUAAUGAAUCAAAAAGCUGCAAGUUCAGGAAAGUUCGCCUUUACUGCUGCUGAAGCUGGUGAUCAUUCUAUAUGUUUCUCAUCGAAUACAAGCAGUGGCUGGUUUUCAACAUCACGAAUUAAACUGCAUCUGGAUUUAACCAUUGGAGAUGAAGAUGAUGCUAAAACUACCAAACCAAAGGAAGUCAUUAGUGAUCUGGCGCGACGAGUUCGAGAACUCAAUCAUCGAAUCGCUGCUGUGAGGAGAGAACAGCAAUAUCAACGUGAACGAGAGGCAGAGUUUAGGGAUACAAGUGAAUCUACGAAUUCUAGAGUGGUGAAUUGGGCUGUCGCACAGUUGGUGAUUUUGGGAUUGACUUGCUUAUGGCAAGUUCGUCAUCUCAAGUCCUUCUUUAUUGCUAAGAAGCUCGUAUAA